AUGGACGACAUGCCGGACCUCUCGCACCUCACGCCCGAAGAGCGCGCGAUCAUCGAAGGUGUCAUAAUGCGCCAGCGACAAGAGGAGCAACGAGAACACGAGAUUAUGAGACGCAAACAAGAUGAAGUGGCGGUGCUCGAGCAAACGAUCCGCACGAGGAACGAAAUGCAUCGAGCGGCCGGUGUAGAGCUAGCGGCCACUUGUCAUAUCUGCCUGAAGACUAAAUUCGCGGACGGGGUUGGCCAUUCUUGCCAUUACUGCCGGGUCAGGUGCUGCGCUAGGUGCGGCGGCAAGGUUACUUUGCGCUCCAACAAGGUUAUAUGGGUUUGCAUACUCUGUCGCAAAAAACAAGAAUUACUUUCAAAAACUGGUCAGUGGAUACACAAGAGUGCUGGUCAAGAUUCGAUGUUAUGGCGAAUGGAAUCAGAUCUACGAGGCUUACCAUCACAGGUAGAUACCUCUUUGGAUAAGAGACCGAAGUUAGAAAGAGCGCAUAGUGCUGCAGAAAAAGAAAAUCAACCAUUACAAAGAUCAGGUAGCGCGUUACGUCGGCAGUACAGUCAACAAGAGGCAAGAUGUUAUGGAGAGCUGGAAGGGCUGGCCCGGACUCAUCCCCAUCUCGUUCACCCUAGACAAAAGGCAUCUUACGGUGUAGAAGACACAGGAUUAUCAAUGCUGCCUCCCCAGGCUUCACAGUUGCUACCGCUGCCGCACAUGCCAGGUUCUCACCAUCCGCUGCCACCUCGCUCGUCUUCUUCGGAUGAUGAGGUACCGGAAUGCAUCUCCGACGAGAACGACGAGUAUCGCGACCGUGGACAACUUGAGGCGUGUUCAUCUCUUCGCAACCCACACCUGCGCAGUACCAGCGUGGCUGCCAACAAUUAUUACAAUUUCACUAAUCAUUCACCGGCCUCGUACAUGCCGGAGGCGCGCGGAGCGUUCGAUACGGCAAGAACGGCGCCGACCGGAGGUCGUAGCUUCGACUCGGUCACGGAUUGUCGGUGGCGUGCUCGUGACGAUGGCGAGGGCUCGUAUUUGCGACCAUAUGUCCCUGAUGGGGGCCCGCGUUCCGAUCGUGCCGUUUAUAAGAGUGCCUACUUGUGGGAAGACUCCUCCGAUAACAGACGGUUCACUGAGAGGAGAAAAAAAACAGUUCGCUUCGAUGGCCACGAAGGCGCUGCGACGUUCCCUCGUGGAGGUCGCGAUGCAUCAGGCGGCCCGCAUGACUGGGCCUCUUUGCGCUGGGAGUCCGAGAGACAGACUAGCCAGGACUCUGCCACUAAAGACUCAGGCAUCGAUACGUCUAGCACUUUUACGUCCAGCGAAGACUCGAACAGGGGCGAUUGCCCUAAGUUUCCCUUGAACUGGCAAGUCUCCGCCGACGGCACGAAAAUGAUCGGCCAUAUGGUUUUACGGAAGAGUAUUGUGGAAGGGAGUUCUCAUUCCUCUUCAGCAAUUCUAGGGCUGAAAGUAGUUGGAGGAAAAAUUCUGCCAGACGGUACACGAAGCGCUGUCGUCGAAAAAGUCAAAAAAGGUUCCAUUGCAGACUUAGAAGGGCAGUUGAGAAUAGGUGAUGAAGUACUACAAUGGAAUGGUAUUCCACUACAAGGUCGUACCGCAGAGGAGGUGGCUGAAGUUGUUGCCAACAGUAAACAUGAUUCUCAUGUCGAACUAGUAGUUUCACGGUCGUUAGUUCCAAACCGGCCUGUGCAAUCUUGGAGAGCGCAUAAAGAAGUGUACACUGAAAUCAUGGGUGGAUGCGAGAAGCCGAGCGUUUUGGUGACGUCGCCUGGCUCACCUGAUAUGCAUUCUCGCCGCCGUUCCGCGCGACACAACCACCACAACGUCAGCGUGACAGGCAGAAUACAGCUAAAAGUAUACUUCGACAUACCGGCGCUGCAACUUCUCGUGACAGUUGUGUCAGCUACCGGUCUCAGUCCGAGGUCAGACGGUUCUCCGCGAUGUCCGUACGCCAAAGUAUUUCUGUUACCCGACAAAAGUGAAAAAAGCAAACGACGUACUAAAACCCUCGCAAAUACAUUGGAACCACGAUGGAAUCAGACCUUUGUGUACUGUGGAAUACGAAUAACUGACAUCAAGAAGCGGACACUAGAGGUUACAGUGUGGGACUUAAAUCGUUACGGACCUAAUGAUUUCUUAGGAGAAGUUCUUCUGGACUUGGACAAUGUCAUGAAUCAUGAACCUACUUGGCACAUAUUAAGACCACACGAAGAAAUGCCUGGAUAUAGUAGGUAUCGCGACGACGAUGUUGAUGGAGAGCACUUGUCCCCACCUUCCACCUCCACGUCUCGCCUGUCAGACUCGGACACGCCGAGUGAGUGCGACCUGCGCCGACACCACUCUCUUUCCAGUCUCGCGUCCAGUUCAAGUCCUCCGCCGCCUCAUGAGGUUAAUAAUAUUGAGGGAACGCGAUGUAGCCGUCGGGACAUGUCGCCAGCCGGUCGAGUGAGGACAGCCGGCAUGGCUAGAGAACGAAGCGGCUGCGCGGCGCGCUCGCAGUCAGCGGCGGGCGGGCGGAGCGCGUCCCCGCGCCGCUCGCUCUCGCCGCCCGUCUCCGCGCCGCGCUACGCAGUGUGCGAGGAGCGCGGCGACACGCGUCUGCCGACGCACGCGUACGCACCGCGGUUCCAGUCGCGCUCCGCCACCGCCACUCCCACCACUAGCCCCAAGAAGCGCCAGCUGCCGCAAAUACCACACCAGCAGAGUGGACAAAGAGCAAUGCGAGCACAGGUGUCUGCGGAUCUUGAAGAACGUAAGUGGAUCGCCCCGCACCACAUUGGCGCCACACUUACCUACCGCAGCACGCCACAAGGCUGGGAGAGACACUAUGCUGGGUUGUCAGACUCUGAGCUAGCGGCGCGAGGUGGUGGCUGGGCGCCUCGGCGUCGUCUCUCGCCAGACGCGACUGCCGCUGACUCAGACCUCGAAUCUGUUGCCUCCGUCACCUCUAGUGCUUUCAGCACGCAGUCUGAACGGCCACGUCCCACAAGGAUGCUAAGCCGGAUGCAAACGCUUCCCAUUUAUAGCACUUCCUCUUUCUGUAAUAGUUCACCCUCUGCCCUUGAGUAUUAUUUUGAUGAGUCAGUGGCCGGGACAUUUAACGCUACUCAACAUUUGUUCCGAUAUAACUGUAAGACGCCAUCUGAAAAGUCGCGUCGCUCACGUCCCAGCCGCCGACAGCGUCGUACCUUAGCACGCAGUCGUUCUGCCGGUGCCUGUUCUAGAAAUGCUUUCGAAAUGACUAACAGUUACAGUGAAUAUCCUGACAUAAAUAUUUAUUCAAAUGAAAUAAUCUAUGGAAAUCAUAUUAAUUCAUAUUAUAAUAAUUCCGAUUCAUACAGUGCACAUGGGAAUAAAAUCACUAAACCUUAUUUAUCGUCUAAAACUAAAACACAGAAACCCUUUAGUAAAAGAAAAUUACAAAAGCAACCUACUCGAUAUUAUCAAAAACUUAAUAAUAUGAAUGACGACGAUUUAUAUAAAAAAUACGACGAAGUAAUGCAAAACCUUACAGUAACGCCGUUAAGACCAUUGUCCGACAUUCCGUUUUCUAAAACUUCUAACGAAAUAAGUUUGAGUGAAAUUUAUCUUGACACCCAUAUAAAAAAUCAAGAUGAUACACAUCAUCAUUAUCACGGUUACGCAAGUGACGAUAGCAUACCUGAAACUACGAUUCAUAUCAGUGUAGAGAAGCAAAACAGCUUAGAUAUACAACCUUAUAACAUUCAUCAAAAUGUGGCAUUAAGUCCUAAAUUAUCGGAAUUUCAUAGUAAUUCCCAUUCUUGCCCUUUAAUUACAUAUUUCGAAAGAAAAAAAUAUUUGUCGUUAGAUUUAGAAACAAAUAGUAAAGAUCAAAUUGACUUUCCAGAAUAUAACAUAAUAACUAAAGAUAGUAGUAAUGUAAUUUGCAGAAGUCGCUCAGAUUCGAUGGUUUCAAUAAAAAGUACCCCCACUUAUUCCAAACCUGUGAUACUAGAGGAAAGGAACGCAAUUGUUAAAAAAAUGUACGUGCCGACGAUGAAUAACAAAGGUCCCAUAAAAACGAAUUUAAAAGAGUACAAAAUUUUGAAUAGUUGUAAAAAUGAGGAUAUAUAUUGUAAAAACAAAAUAAGAUCAUGUAACAAUCCUCAUAGUCCUACGUCAUUUCCUACCCAACGUAGUCUAGACAAUUUGUUAAAUAACUCAUUAGGUGACGGAGAAAAUGCUUACACCCCUACUGCUGCAACCUAUCAUUUAAUCCCUGAUUAUAGUAAAAUGGCUAAUUCUUUAUCUGUUGGUCUCUCUCCCACAAACCUCGGCUCGCCCUGUGGUCUGCUUACAUCCGACGCCCCGCACUUACCACCCGAUGACACUCAUCACAAAACCACCGAAGCGACGACAUACCUUCAUGGGGAUCGUGACUCUACUGUUGCUGAAAAAACAAAACCUCGGACGUCGUCUCAUAUGGAGCCUAAUUCACUACAAAAUGAUGGAAAUCCCAUCACGAAAACGACAAACGCUAAUUCUGAAACUGACUUGAAUACAACCGAAUGUAGUAACGAUUACGGUGGACGUGAGAAUGGGCGCAAUAAUAGCCAACAACAGCCUCUCGAGAGAAGGGAGUCGAGGCGAGGGCAAUUCACUAGAAGUCUUAGUAAUGCCGAUGUGCCUCCUGAUGAAAAAGCAGAUGGCAGUCUUAGUGACACUGCGCUCGGUGGAACCAGUGAAAUAGAACCUGUCAACGAUGACGCUCUUCUUAAAGCGGAACCAAGAGACUACUUUGGGCCCGGAAUGGGAAAGAAAAGCAACUCGACGUCGCAACUCUCAGCAACAGGAAGGAAAAGAAGGUUAGGUUUCGGUAAACGAGGGAAAAAUUCUUUCACGGUUCAACGCAGUGAAGAAGUGGUGCCUGGGGAAAUGAGGGGGGGCACCGGAGUAUCACGAGCCUCUUCAGCCUCCAGCGAAAACGACGAUGACAGAUGGUCUCCUGGGAUGCGUGGAUCAGGGUCAUCCGAUGGUGGUGGCUUAUCGGACUUUAUAGACGGACUGGGCCCUGGACAACUAGUUGGAAGGCAGCUUUUGGGCGCACCUACGUUGGGUGAUGUGCAGCUAUCCAUGUGCUACCAAAAAGGAUUUCUUGAGGUAGAAGUAAUCCGAGCUAGAGGGUUGCAAGCUAGACAAGGCAGUCGAACGCUGCCAGCUCCUUACGUGAAGGUUUACUUAGUGAGUGGUAAACGAUGCAUCGCUAAGGCCAAGACCAACACGGCUAGACGCACUCUCGAUCCCCUGUAUCAGCAAACACUCACCUUUAGGGAAAACUUUAAGGGAUGUAUUUUGCAAGUAACGGUGUGGGGUGAUUAUGGUCGUAUAGAAGGAAAAAAAGUUUUCAUGGGUGUAGCGCAAAUUAUGCUGGACGACUUGAAUCUUUCUAACAUCGUCAUCGGCUGGUACAAGCUGUUUGGGACUACGUCACUGUAACCAAAGUGCAGCGGUGGCUAGUGUGUUCGACGAACUUAUAUCAAUACAAUAAAUAUUAACUUUGUCCAAACAAUACAUUUAGUGAUACUGCUUUAAUAUCAUGAUAAACUGCGAAAUCUUGAACAUAGGUAAUUUUCUAUAAAACGAAAGUUAUAUGUAAAUUAUUUGUAUUUUUAUUUUCUUUUGGAAUGCCUACCGGAGUUUUGAAUAGAUAGCAUUUUAUAGCAAGAAAAUAAAAUGUAUAGUGUACUCAAUAAUAUGUAAUUAAGUAUUAAAAGCCAAAUGCAAGGUC